AUGGCAUUUUUUUGCAUGCCAUUUUGUGCACGAAUACAAAAACGAAUUUUAUGCAUGCAUGGUGGAAUAAGUGAAGAUUUAACAGAAAUUGCACAGUUGGAACGAAUAGAACGGCCAUGCGAAAUUCCGGAUUUAGGCAUACUAACCGAUUUGACAUGGUCUGAUCCAAGUUAUUAUGCAACUAAUUACGAUUAUAAUAAUAGACGAGGAGUUGCACGACUAUUCAGUAUUAAUGCUGUAAAAGAAUUCUGCAAAAAACUUGGCUUAGAUAUGAUUGUGCGAGCACAUCAGGCAUACACCUAUAUUCAUUAA